CAAACUUUGCGGCUUUGCGCUCGUAGGAAUUUUUCUAUACGCGUAACAGUUGGUGUACAGAUUAUAAACAUUUCUCCAUUUAUCUACCGCUCUGACUCAACUGGCUUUAUUCAAAUUUCAGUGUGUAAUUGGCGGUUCGUCCUGACUAUAAAAAGCGACAGAAGCGUUGGUAGAAAGGCAGUUCCUCAGUCUUGGCAUGCAGUUUCUGUUGUGAAGACACCAAACGCUUGUGUUUAGAAACGUUCUCUGCGUCGUGUUUGUCGAUAUUUUCCGGAGUAACAUCAUAUUCUUGGCAUUUACAAGUUAAAAAUACGUCUGCUUGAAAUACAUGCUUUGGCUCUGGCGCGGGGAUGUGUCCAACCAGUUGCGACUUUCUAUAUUGUGGGGGAUGCUCCAAGACCGAAGAGGAGGAAGGGCCGAGCACCGAAGAGGACUCGCGUCCCUUCCACGGCAGCGGCGUGUGCAAGUGGUUUAACGUGCGGAUGGGCUUCGGGUUCCUGUCCAUGACGAACCGGGAAGGCACACCGCUCGAGGCCCCCGUCGACGUGUUCGUCCACCAGAGCAAGCUGCACAUGGAGGGCUUCCGGAGCCUGAAGGAGGGCGAGGCCGUGGAGUUCACCUUUAAGAAGUCGGCCAAGGGCCUGGAGUCGCUGCGCGUGACCGGACCCGACGGCGCCCCCUGUCUGGGGAGCGAGAGAAGACCCAAGGGCAAGAGCGUCCAGAAGCGCAGGUCCAAGGGGGACAGGUGCUACAACUGCGGAGGACUGGACCACCACGCCAAGGAGUGCAAGCUGCCCCCCCAGCCCAAAAAGUGCCAUUACUGCCAGAGCAUCGCACACAUGGUGGCCAACUGUCCAAUCAAAGCACAGCAAUCAUCGCCCAGCUCUCAGGGAAAGCCCGCCUCCUUGAAGGGGGAUGAGGAAGAGCAGAGCCACGCCCCCUUGCCUCCAGAGAGCUCUGAUUGAAGGAGAAGCCAAUUUGUGGGCGGGGUUAAGGGGGGCGGGGGGGCGGAGCCAGGAAGGAAGAUGAAGACCAAUCAAACGGUUUUACUGGAGACAACCACAAGUUCCUACCAAUCCUUAUAGCUGCUUUUUUGGGAUUACCUCAGGUUUAUAAUGAUCAGCAAGAGAAAAAAAAAGAAUAUUAUUUUACUUUUUGAUGGUGAAACAGUCAGGAAUAUAGCUCUGCUGCACUCAGGAAGUUUUUAGAAGAUAAUGGAACGAUGGAUUCAAGUUUCUGUAUCGCGAUAUAUAUAUAUAGUAAUAAUCAACCUCUUCCACCUUAAUGUUGUGAUACAUAUCGAUGACUUUCCAUGUCUUUCGCGGAUAAGUGUCUUAGAUUCGUACCGAAACAAUCAAAGAGCAUCUUCGUCUUUUUUUAUUAUUUUUUAAUUACAAUACUACAAUUUAGCUUUGCCAUCAUUACGAGUGUUUCUUUUAUGUUGGGCGGGAGGGGGGGGAGGAUGACUUUGGGUUUCAUGUAACGGGGGGAAAACUGUUAGCUGUUGCUUUUUAAAUCUUUUUUGUCCGUAAGUCUGCUGCAGAGGGAUUGGCCUCGCUAGUUUUGGCGUCGGUUUGCGGGGUGGACAGGGGUAAUUACAGCGUUUAUGACGAGCUUCCCAGUUCCUGACUGUUGCACUCUCAGUUUAAUGACCAGGGCAGAGAGAGACGGGAGAGAUCCUGCUUCUGCUUCUCUGUUGAUGAAUGUGAUUUGGAAAAAAUUUUUGUGGGGGUGAAGGGGGGGGGGUGGAUGCAGAAAAGGGCGGGGCACGUUGGGGAGGGAAUCGAGUUGGUGGGGGGGGGGGGGUGGGGUUGGAUGGAUGGUUAAGGGAUUGCAGGGAUUAGCCUAAAAUCCACUGCAUGGUUUUUUUGGCAGCUGCCAGUCAUUGCAGUGGAUUGUUGUUUAGAUUGUACGGGGCCAAAUGAAUGUUCCAACCCGAGCUGGCUGCAGCCAGGGCCAUGCUGCAGGGGAUUGUGUGUGUACGCCCAACGCUGUGCUCUACACUCCCACUGCUCCUCCUCUACCACACCAGGUCUGCACCAGAGAGCCCAGCAGCUCUGCGAGUCAGAUUCAGCUCAAAAAGGUCGAAUUCAGCUCAAAAAGAAAUGCCUUAACCCACUUAAGAACAAUAUGGACAGGUACAAACGGUUGCAGACAAACACACACAGUCACACACACUCGCAUGCAAGCGUGCAAAGAUAUACACCCACACAGUCUCUCGUUCUCUCUCUUGCACACACGUGCAUGUAGACACACACACACACACGUGUCUACGUGCAUGUACAGUAUAAAUAUAUAAAUCCAUACAUUUUUUAAAUUCAGACUAUAAACACUCUCCAGGUGUAUGGUCAGAAGGCACAAAGGCACAUGGGAGCUGAAGUCCUGGGUUUGAUAAUCGUACGUCAUAUCACAAGCUCUGGACCUCAGCUCCCAUGAGCCUCUCUGCUAAAUUUUCCAUUUUACCGCACCCUGGCCAAAUUGCCAUUUAACGUCACAUGAGGCUUUAUUGGGUUAACAAAAAAGCUUGAGAAAAUCGUUUUAAAUUUCACAGCUUCCCUUUUUAAUUCUUCUAAAUUCCAGAUCGGCUGAAAUAUUUUAGUUUCUCGUCUGAACGCAGAUCCCGGGGGAUGCGUGUUUGAGCUGUAGACCCUUUCAGCAGAAUCAGGUGUGGUUCAGGAGGAGGCUGGGAGCUGGACACGCAGCGGUGUGCAUUUUUUAGUGACUUAGUAAGACAUGGGCCUGUAUUCAAUCAACAUUUGUCCACAACUUUGACUUACAAUCAUACCGAAGCUUCACACUUUUUUUUCAGAAAUUUGAUUGUGGCAGGAAGGUUUUAGCGAUCGCUGGACUCGCAGAACUCUGUGACAUAGAGGAAUCAUUCUCACUUUUAAUUGUUUUUCAAAGUUAAGGACUUGAAAUGUUUGUUGAACCUGGCCAUCGUCUCUCUCUCUUGUUCUCUCAGUGACACAGAGAGAUCUCCCCUAAGGGCGGUGUACGUAGCCUAGCAACUAAAUCAGCCAUUUCUCCCGUUUUACAGGAGAAGCUGACAGACUUUCCACCCAUUUAAUAUAUAUGUAUAAUUGUUAUAAAGCCUUUUAAAUCAUCCUUAGUAUUUAUUUGUAGCAGAUACUCAUCACAGCUUCUCCGCGUUUCGAUUCGCUACAUCGCCUCAGUCUGCCUCCUGAUUGGCUACCCCUAUAUCUCAUUUCCAGGGCUGCCUUGAUUUUAUCCUGUUGCCGUUUUUGAUUUGAUUUGAUUUGUUUAGCCUAAAUGUGAUGUGUGUGGUUUAAUUUUCCUGCAAUCUACAAUGGCUUCCCUUAGAUUGGGAGUCUUGUUAAAAAAAUAAAAAAAAAACCUUCCCUAUAUCUAUGCGAAAACCAAUGCAAUGUUACUCUGCACUAAUCGCGUGUAAGAUGCAUUUUGUUUUGUUUUAUUUGUAUUAGUACUGUUAUUAUUAUGAUUAUUUUUAUCCUUUAAAUGAAUGGCUAUUUGUUCCAUAUCUUUGUAAAUUUGAGAGAUCGAUCUACUAGAAGAUCCUUAUUGACUGCAGCUGGGGGGGGUUUGUUUCUCAGGAAUCGUGAAUCUGAUAAACUCAGGGAAUAUUUCAGAUUGUCCGAUGGGAUUGGGGUGGGGUUUAUGGAGGGGAGGGCGGGGUUUAAGUUAGCAGGGGAGGAGGGUGGAGGCAAUGGCCAUUAACGACCUAUGAUUGAAACCAGGACUGUGGACGUACCAUUAUAGGCCCAGUGUGUAUGUAGCUCCCCCUGCUGGUCUGAAUCAGAACUGCAUGGAGAUGUUGCACCAACGGUACAGUGGCUAUCAUUUGAAGCCUAGAUUGGCCAUAUCAACAGAAGCCGUGAUCAUUUCAUACUGGCAUUAAUGACGCAAAGCCUAGUGCAUAAUACACUGUCUGCAUUGUAAACUGAGUUAGGCCGUAUGAAAUGAAUUUGUUAAAUGCCACGGUUAUUUAAAUUUUACUCUGGUAAAAGGAGAUGAGACUCGGCCUUUUUGGUAAAGUGGUGUACAGGUGGACCCUGGACUUUAUAAACGGUGAUAGGGACGUGAUGCCCCAGUCCCCUCUCUCCCACCCUGCUCACAGCUCUGGCUAUAAUCUCUCAAAAGGAGGGAAGAAUAAUCAUUUUGUUUACUCAGAGAUAUGGGGGGGGGGAACCAUCAGAAUCAUGCCCUAAUUUUACACAAUAUUUUUUUAAAGAGAAGGUGCAACUGUCAGCAGGGCUCUGCCAGUCUCAGGAGGAAGCUCUGCAAUGUUAGCGCUCUGUUAGCGUAGCACAGUGUAAUGUUAGCGCUCUGUUAGCAUAGCACAGUGUAAUGUUAGCGCUCUGUUAGCGAAGCACAGUGUAAUGUUAGCGCUCUGUUAGCAUAGCACAGUGUAAUGUUAGCGCUCUGUUAGCAUAGCACAGUGUAAUGUUAGCACUCUGUUAGCGAAGCACAGUGUAAUGUUAGCGCUCUGUUAGCGUAGCACUGUGUAAUGUUAGCGCUCUGUUAGCGAAGCACAGUGUAAUGUUAGCGCUCUGUUAGCGAAGCACAGUGUAAUGUUAGCGCUCUGUUAGCGAAGCACAGUGUAAUGUUAGCGCUCUGUUAGCGUAGCACUGUGUAAUGUUAGCGCUCUGUUAGCGAAUCACAGUGUAAUGUUAGCACUCUGUUAGCAUAGCACAGUGUAAUGUUAGCGCUCUGUUAGCGUAGCACUGUGUAAUGUUAGCGCCCUGUUAGCGAAGCACAGUGUCAUGUGGGGACAUGGCGUUUGGCUUGGUGGGGACGUGCUUUCACCCCCGCAGAAACAGUGUUGUCUUGAGAAAUAAAGUCCAUAAAGUCCAUAAGCUCCCCUUUCUCAAUAAUGUCUGCGUUACAAGUCCUUGUUCUUCAUUAGUGAAGUCACACUGACAGCAAGAUUAAUAACUUUUUUUUGGUUGCUAUAUGUACUUGUAUGGGUCAUUUCACCAGUAACCUGUGCAUCUCUCAUUGAACAGAGCAGAGAGGGGCGGAUCUUCUAUAUAUUUUUCUAAAUUUUUCCCCAGAUGCCAGUAUUCAUGAGAAAAAUAAUGGACUCCUUAUAAGACUCUUUCUGUUUCCAAGAAGGUGUGUUUCAUGCAGGGAGGGGGGCAGAGUUGAGUGGGCCUGAGACUUGUCCUGGUGAAUGUUGCACCGUUCUCCUGGAUAUUAAUGUACAUAUACUACUGUGAUAUAAUUAUAUGAUGAUUUUUUUUCUUCUUCUUCUUCUCUGUAAUCUUUGUAGUUAGUUAGGGGGUUAGAACAGAGUAGUUUUCUUAUUAAGGAACAAAGGAAGGGGGAACCAGUGAUAACUUACUCAUUUGUGCUGGUCGCAUCUUUAAGUGCAGUCAAAAUGGCCGCCUGCUCGCACUUUGUGUGAGUCUGGCUGACAUUCUUCAUGCUACGCUGCUGCCCGUUGAGUGAUGCUUUCAUUUUGCAUUUGAAGCAGUCUUGCUGUCAGGUCAGGUCGACUUGCUUUUUUAACAGCCAGACACACUGGUCUCCCCCCUGCCCUGUCGUUACUGUUCCCUGUCAUUGUGUUGGGGUGGUGGGGUUUUUAUCCUUUUUAUCACGGAAAUACAAGAUGAAAUGCUUGUACACAAUCUAUACAAGUCUACCUCAGGAUGUUUUUGCUUCUGGUUUGUUUCUUAAUUUAAGCAACAGGCAAGUGACACUGAGUCCUCUCCAGUCUCAUCUGGUGGAUUUUAAUGCACUGUCUGCUUUUUUUUUCCUAGGAUUGUAGUUUUUUUUUUUUUUUUCUUGUUU